CAAAACGAUGUCAAUCGAUUGAAUAACUCUUAAUUGAAGCACUGGCGUGUGUGAAUUGCAGGCGGGGCCCCCAGCUUGGGCGUAAAUCGCCGAAAACGCCGUAGGGAUUUUCUCGUUGGUUAUAAUUGUUUAAUUCCAUGUCUGAAGAAAUCGCUUUCGAAGACCGAAAUUCCAAUGGAAUUGCGAUGGACAACAUAAUAAACGUUGCGGAUUGUUGCCGCGCGUGUUUACGCAUCGAUUGCUCCCUAACACCGACAAGUGCCCAAGAUAAUGACUCGAUAAAGUUUUGCGACAAGUUGUUGUCCUGCGUUUCUGAAGUUAUGUGGCAAAAGGAGGGGUUACCGUCACUGAUUUGUUCAACUUGCAUUGAACGUCUGAGGGUUGCUUACGACUUUCGCAAUAUUUGUCUCCAGUCAGACAAUACUUUGCACCGGUAUAUCACUCACCUGCAGGAGGACAGUAAAAACCUGGGGGUUAGGACCCUGACAACUCCCACAAAGUUUGAUUUUACGAUAACUACAAGUACCCAGGAUGAAAUUCCGAUAAGUGUGGAGGAGCCUCAAAAUGCGGAGUAUCUCCACUUGAAGCAUUUCCUCGACAAUGAUGAGGAUUUGACUAAAAACGAGACAUUGGUUGAAGUGGCUGGGUCCGAAAGUACAAGCCCUGACUCCUCAACUGCAACUUUUUUGGCAAAUCAAGAGCAGCCCCCACAACAGCCCCCCCAAAUAAUCCAAAUUCAAGUGCAGCCCCGCCAGGUCAUCAAGCGAACAACGGGGAUCCAAGUGCGCCCCCCGACUCCCGAUCAGGACGGCGUGGACGUUAAACCCUUCACUUGCACAAUUUGUGGUAAAAACUACCGAAAAAACGCGAAUCUGCGCAUUCACAUGCGCACCCACACCGGGGAAAAACCCUUCGAGUGUAAAUACUGCGAGAAACGGUUUUACCACUCGUCGCAUUUGCGCGAACACAUCCGACGCCACACGGGGGAAAAACCGUUUCAAUGCGCCGUUUGUAACAAGCGUUUCACGAUCAAGGGCGAGCUCACGAUGCACAUGAAAUCGCACACGGGGGAAAAACCGUACGCGUGCACUUGUUGCGACCGGCGGUGUCUCACAGCUGCCGAUUUGAAAGUACACAUGCGAACACACACCGGGGAAAAACCGUUCAGUUGUGUCACUUGUGGCAAAAAAUUCGCAAGUACUUACAUCCUCAACUCGCAUAUUAAAACACACACGGGUGAACGUCCGUACACUUGCUCUAUUUGCGGUAAAUCGUUCACACAGUCGUCGCAUCUUAACGUCCACAUGCGUAAACACACCGGUGAGAAAGUCAGUUGUAAAGUUUGCGAUGCGAAAUUCACGCAUUCGUCCCAACUGACCGUGCAUAUGCGGGAACAUACGGGAAAACAGCCUUACAAGUGCACAAUGUGCGAUAAAAUUUGCAAUUACGCGUCUGAGUUGCAAACGCAUAUGAUGAAGCACACGGGUGAGAAGUUCACCUGCGUGACGUGCGAUAAAAAAUUCACAACGGCGGCGUAUUUGCAAGAGCACACGCGGACACAUACGGGGGAAAACCUCUCGACUUGUCCCGUGUGCGAUCGGCAAUUUACGCGCCACCAGUAUUUGCAAAAGCACAUGCGCACGCAUACGGGGGAAAAACCGUACACGUGUUUCACGUGCGGGAAGAGAUUCACGCAGUCGUCGUCGCUUAAAGUCCAUAUUAGAAUACAUACGGGGGAAAAACCGUAUUCCUGCACAAUUUGCGAUCGCAGGUUUACGACAUCGUCCGAUCUCUCGGCGCAUAAUAAAAAGCAUAAGAAAUAUAUCAAUUUAUAAUUCGGUGCAAUGUUGUUUGGUGUAGCUGAACUGUGAUAACAAUAAUUUUGUGGUAGGUCGACGGAUAAACACUCAUGUAAUCAAGUUGUGUAAUUGGUAGAAGUUGAUUUUUUUACCGGCUUGACUUGCUUUUCGAAUUUUUUAUAUUGUAUAUAAGUUUUCAGUAUUAUCUCAUUUAUUUUAUUUUUAAUGCGAUUUAUUAGGCUUAUUUAUUCUCCAAGAGAAUCGCUGUUUCAGUUUAAAUUAUGUUUAAAACACCUUUUAGCAAAUCAAUUUUUUGUGCUGCCAAAGUCAGCAAAAAACCCUACUGCUGCAAAAUACAAAUAAUAACCUUUAGCUAAAAAAUAACUGCUUAGGACAACUUAGUUGCUGGUGAUAUUAGAUCAGGUCUCAGAUAUAACAAAACAAAUGGUUGCGAAUAUUCGAAAAUCACCGUUGGAGGCGCCACUGAGGUAGGUUGAAAACAGUAACCUUAAAUGGCGGGAAAUGCAUUACAUACGGAAUGACUGUUGUAUCUUUGGCGCAAGGAACAAAUGUUGACAGAUUAGAGAAAAACACUUACUUUAUUGUAAAAUUAUUACAAAGACAUUGAAAAGCCUACCUUUUGAAACACAUUAUGCUUAAAUGUAUCAACAGUUAUUAAUCUUAAGUGCAGUUUUGUAACUUUACCGAAAUAUUACAUGAUUUUUUCUUAUUGGUAUUAAUAAUGUUGUUGCUUAUAGAUACGAGCAGAGGUAGUACCUUUUAUUCUACAAGCGGUUACUAUGGUACAUUAUUUUAUUUAGUUAUUUUUUAUCUUAUACGACAGAGUAAAGUGGCUAUUUGGUGAUUUUUUAUUCUAUCGGUGAAAAAAUUUAACAAAAAUACCUCAAUGUACCUAUAAGAGAAAACGUUGUAUUAUAAACGUAAAAAAAGUUGGCAUUAUCUGCACGUGAUUCACAUCACUCGUAGAUAAUGAACAACUUUUCUUUACAUGUAUAAUCAACUACAUUCUGUCUAUAAGUGAAUGUAGGAUCGUAGUAGGUAUUAAAAGUUUGCUGCUUCUUCCUAAAAAAACGAACAAUGUUAGUAUAUGAAAAAUUGAAUUUCACUGGUUGCCUGAGUAGAUAAAAGUUGGUACUUUUUAGAAAUAUCAUAAAAAUAAAAUAAUUAAAUGGGGCAAAUUCAAAUUCUAGAACCUUCUGAGAUACUACACUCUUUUAUAAAUAGUCUGUACUAUUUUCAUUGGAAAAAAUCUAUCCUAAAGUACACUUCACUAAUUUAUUCUUUUUUUUAAACCCAACAUGUGUUCGCUAUGAUCCAUUACUAACUUAUAGUCUUUGAUUACGUAUUUGCUUUAAUAACACUUUGUAAUGGAAAAUUAAAUAUUCUUCACUUUUUACCUACGUUCAAAUUCAAGCAAAAAUCACUUUACAAACCAAAACCAAAGCUAGUGUUUAUUUGCUGUUUCAAAUCUAUGUACAAUGUAUUCAAAAAUGGAUGUUUAUCAAUCUUAAUUAAAAAAAUAAUUCAUUAAAAUGCGACGUUGGCGUUUUAUAGUUUUGAAACAGCUAAUAAUUUUAAGGUUUGUCGUCAACAUAUUGUCAUUCUGACAGUACAUGUCAGUUGAAAGGCAUCGUCAAUGUUAUGAAUUUUUGAUAUUUUGCUUCAUCUACCCUCGGAUUUUGUUGUCAGCAUUUCAUUUGCAAUACCCUUGUCUACAAAUUGUUUGAUGUGUGUGGGAUUUCCGUUUUUUAAAAAUUGAGUUUGCAUUUGAAAUUCGAACAUCACAGAUGAUAAUUGACAUGUUUAGUAAUAAAUUGAGUAUUAGCUGUUUCAAUACUAGAUAUGCCAAGGGCGCAUUUUCUGGAAAAGUUAGUUGUUAGAAAAGUUAGUUGUUAAUGCACUUCAAAAAGUUAAAUAUUGUAAUUUAUAGUUUCAUUGAUAGUUCUAGUGAUAAAUUAUAACUAUGUUACAUUUUUAUCAACCUUAUUUGGCUAUUUUUUAGCUAUUUUUAGCUAUUAGCUGUUUCAAAACUAUGUAAUGCCAACGUCGCAUUUUACCAAAUAAUUUUUUUAAAUAAGGUUGAUAAAAGUGUAAAGUAGUUAUUGAUUAGAUCUUUCAUUGCAACUAUAAAUUACAUUAGCCAUUAAGUGCAUAACUAACUUAUAAUAACUAAUUUUGAGAAAAAAUGCGACGUUGGCAUUUACAUAGUUUCGAAGCAGCUAAUAAUACCAACAUAAUCUUGUAACUAAAGUUCAUUCGGAAUUAAAAUCAAUUGUCAAAUUGUUUCAACGUUGGCAACUCCAUUUAAAAUUGUUCGUCCAAUACAGUUACAAUAUAUAUUUCAAUACUAAGAAAUCUGUUACUUUAAAAGGCAGCACAAAAAAUAUUGUAUAUUCCUCUUGUGAAAACUCCAUUGCAUUGCUCAUGCACAUCCGUUUCGUUUGCUAUGAAUCCUUUUCCAAACUUAUAAAAAAUAUAUUAGCUGUUUCAAAACUAUAGAAAUGCCAACGUCGCAUUGCCCAUAAAGGUUAGUUCUUAUAAAUUACUCAUGCUCUUCAAAAAAAUUAAUAGCUAAUGUAAUUUAGUUUCAUUAGUAGAUAUUUUUCGUUUUUAUCAACCUUAUUUAAAAAAUAAUUCGGUAAAAUGCGACGUUGGCAUUUCUAUAGUUUGAAACAGCUAAUAAUUAAUAAAUAACGAUUAUUUGGUCUUGAUUUGGCAAAUGCAAAAAUGAAUCGUUGCAAGUAGAGAAAAAGUGCUAUAAUGUAACAUAAUUAAAUAAAGUAAUUUUGUGUGUGAGAAAAUUGUAAGGUGGUCAAGAGUGCUCUGAAAAUUCAUAAACGUAUGUUUCGUGACCUGUCAAAUUUGACAUUUGUAUUGUCAUUUCAUUGACAGCACUCUUGACCACAUUUUCAUUCAAUACAAAAUUCCAUGUUUUUUAGUUGGGAGAUAUAUUAAAUAUUUAAUUUCAACACGUCGUUGUGGCUUUAAUUGAUCCACGUAUUUGAAAGCGCAAAAUGUCAGAGGUGGUGUCCUAUAUUUCCAUCAAUAAUACUUUUCUGUAAAUUGAAUCAGCGACAGGUUUCAUUGAAUUGUAGUCUCAUUAUUCUCAUUUCAUUGUUUUCAUCGUUCAGUUUUAUUUUUCUAAAGCUGCGUUAUCUGACAAAAACAACUGUAACUCGGGCGUAAUUAAAUUUGCCGACCAAUUAUUUCUAAGAUUUAGUGCCAGAACUCUUAUUUUAAUUGUAGCAGUCAAGUGUACAACUGCGAUUAAGUUAAAUAUUGCAAUAAAAUUGUAAAAUUUCGCUUGUAACUAUAUGUUAUAAUAACAAAUAAAAAUAGAAAUUUUAAAAA